AUGCGUGUUGCUAUCGCUGGAUCCGGAAGCGUUGUUCGCUACUUUGCUGAAGAACUACCAGCUGCGGGCAUCGACAUCGUCAUCUUGACCCGAUCCAUCAAGCCUCAUUUCGAGGGUCUUCCUGGCGUUCGGCAGUUCGUUACCGACUACUCUGUCCCAUCUAUCUUGGAGGGCAUCGAGGGUUCUAGCACCCUCAUUUCGGCCAUACUCGAUUACGCGCCCACCUUCAUCGACACUCACCGACGCCUGAUUGAGGCAGCGAUAAAAAGCACCAGCUGCAAGCGUUUCAUUCCCGCCGAAUAUGGUGGCAAUUUGGAGGAGUUUCCGGACCAACCAGCCUUCUAUUCCCGUCUUCAAGGCGUAAUUCGCAAGGAAUUGGCCGAACAGAACAAACUAGAGUGGACUCUGCUGUCUACUGGUUGGUUCGCGGACUAUAUCGUACCGAGUCGCAAUCGAAUGCUUCCAUUCGCGGGCGAAGGGAUCCCUAUCGAUAUUGAGGGCAAAACAGUGACGAUCCCUGGCACCGGCAACGAGCCUCUUGAUGUCACACCUGUGAGAGACAUGGCCCGGGCAGUUGCCAAACUACUACAUGCGCCUGAAUGGGAGCGACAUACCUACAUUUCUGGAGAGAAGACUACUUGGAAUACUCUAGCAGCGUUGCUGAGAGAGAAAUACCCCCAGAUGAAGGUCGAACACCACAGCCUAAAUCAACUCAUUGAGGAUAUUGUUGCCAACCCCGAAGGUGAAAAACGAAUCAUAGCAGAGUACGGCAUCUUCUCUGCAAGCCACGCCGGGUCUCUGCCUGCAGAAAAGGUGGCCGCUCAUCGAGAGAAAUAUUUUUCCGGGAUCAAAUUCAGAACAUCCAGAGAUUUGCUUGAAGAGGCUGAGAGGGACCCGAAGGUUAUCGUCUAA